AUGCACGCUUCCGCCUCAUCCUCUCAGCGGAAGCCUUCUUGGAAGUCCCAACGCUUAUCGUCUAUCCGUUCCGGCAAGUCUGGUCAUGCUUCGCGUCACUCCCAGUCGAUUUCAUCCGCGAGCCAGCGGGAGCCAGCACGCGAGGAGCCGCCGCGUCGCGCGUCGGCGGCAACCUCUGCCCAGUCGUCCCAGCCAAAAUGGUGGCGGGUGCGUUUGUUCCGGGGAAUGAUCAAGGAUGUCAAGCGGAGAGCACCCUACUACUGGAGUGAUUGGACGGACGCGUGGGAUUAUCGCAUUGUGCCGGCGACCGUUUACAUGUAUUUUGCUAAUAUUUUGCCUGCCCUUGCUUUCUCUCUGGACAUGUUUGAAAAGACAAACCAGAGCUUCGGCGUCAAUGAGGUUUUGCUUGCCUCUGUUCUUGGAGCAGUUGUGUUUUCUCUCCUCGCUGCUCAGCCUCUGGUCAUCGUGGGCGUUACUGGUCCUAUUACCGUGUUCAAUUACACAGUCUAUGAUAUUAUAGCUCCUCGAGGUACCCCAUAUCUCGCUUUCAUGUGUUGGAUCGGCAUCUGGUCAUUGGUUAUGCAUUGGCUCCUGGCAAUCACCAAUGCUUGCAAUGGGCUAAAAUAUGUCACCCGCUUCUCAUGCGACAUCUUCGGUUUCUACGUUGCCUGCAUCUAUAUCCAGAAGGGUAUACAAGUCCUGACCCGCCAAUGGGGCGCCGCCGGCGAAACUUCAGCCUACCUGGCCAUCAUGGUAGCACUUCUUGUGCUGAUGGCUGCAUGGAUCUGCGGAGAAUUGGGUAACAGCAAUCUCUUCGGGAGAUACGUACGGAAGUUCCUUGAAGACUACGGCACGCCGUUGGUCAUUAUAUUCUUCACCGGCUUCGUCCACAUUGGUCACAUGAGAGACGUCGAUGUUGCCGUUCUUCCUACUAGCAAGGCAUUCUUCCCUACACUGGAUCGGUCGUGGCUGGUGCGGUUCUGGGAUAUCGACGUGGGAGACAUCUUUUUGGCCAUUCCUUUUGCGCUUCUCCUGACAAUUUUGUUCUACUUUGAUCACAAUGUCUCUUCUCUCAUCGCGCAAGGCACCGAAUUCCCUCUCCGCAAACCGGCCGGGUUCCACUGGGACCUCUGGCUCCUUGGUCUCACUACCUUUGUUGCCGGUCUACUUGGAAUCCCCUUCCCUAACGGUCUUAUUCCCCAAGCGCCUUUCCAUACAUCCGCGCUCUGCGUCACACGUCAAGUGGCGGAUGAGGACGAAUCCAACAAGGGCAAGGCUGUUCGCAUCACAGACCACGUAGUAGAGCAACGAGUUAGCAAUCUCGCGCAAGGCCUUUUGACCCUCGGUACAAUGACAGGCCCGCUUCUCAUUGUCCUCCAUCUGAUCCCACAGGGUGUAAUGGCCGGCCUGUUCUUCAUCAUGGGUGUUCAAGCUCUGCAGGGUAACGGUAUCACACAAAAGCUGAUAUUCCUUGCCCAAGACAAGAACUUCACGCCCGGCUCCAACCCUCUCAAGCGGCUCAAUCGACGCGCCGCUGUCUGGGUAUUUGUCAUUAUUGAGCUCCUUGGCUUCGGUGCGACUUUUGCCAUCACCCAAACCAUCGCUGCUAUUGGUUUUCCCGUCAUCAUUCUUCUUUUGAUCCCUGUGCGGUCUUUCCUAUUCCCCAUGUGGUUUACUCGUGAGGAACUGGAUGCCUUAGACGCUCCAACCGCCAGUCCCUUUACUAUGGAGAGCGUUGGUGGUACCCAUGGGUUAGAUGAAGAUGCUGAAGAGGCGACGAGUAGCGGAGCAAAAGGAUUUCCAAGCAGAGACGACGGAGUCUUGAUGGACCGCCCGUCUUCUUCCUCGGGAUCUGCCAUUGAAGACAAUGAUUUGGAGAGAGGUGAGGCAUAUGAGCUUCCGUAUCUGUCAUCUGUAAGGAGGAGGAGCACUACCAGCCGGAACAAUUGA